UUGGUAGGUGCGGGCGGCAGGAUGCUGCCCGCGCUAGCGUUGCUGGCGUUGCUGGCGCUGGCCGCGCCGGUCCCUGUGGCCGCACGCCGACACGCGCCUGAUUUGCGUGAGGACGAACCCGCUCGACGCACCACACGUCCAGCCGAAUGCCAAUUCGGAAAGCAAGCGAAGGAGCUCGGCUCCACAUGGUUUGCGGACCUCGGCCCGCCUUUCGGGGUAAUGUACUGCAUCAAAUGUGAGUGUAUUUCGGUGCAGAAAAAGCGUCGUGUAGUGGCUAAGGUUCACUGCAGAAACAUCAAAAACGAAUGCCCGGAGCCUUCGUGCGACACUCCUGUACUGCUGCCGGGCAGAUGCUGCAAAACUUGCCCAGGAGACGUUGAUUCUCCUGAUAUUGUGCAGGAGGACAGCCCAACAGUCGUUAUUACUGCUGGCGAUGAGGAGGAGCUUAGUAUGAAACACUUUGGAGCUCUGUUGACUGGACGGUCACCACUUUGUAUAAGGCGUGAUGAUAUGACGGGUGUGCCGGUGGCAACCGGAAUUGCCACUGCUCGCUUUACAUUUCGUCGCCGUCAUCUUUAUUGGUCCGUGUUAAUGGGCCCCUCGAUUGUGACACAGCCUCGUGCUCUCUCGUUCCUCGAUCGUGGCGGAAGGUUGUUACUUGAGCACCCUCUGAAAAGGUAUCCCGGGAUACACGCUACAUAUGAAGAAAAAACUGAUAAGCUGUGCGGUGUCUGGCGUCGAGUGCCGCGGGAGUAUAAGCGAUUAUUGAGAGAUGGGUCGCUAUAUGUGGCCUUGAUAUGGGGCGACGAGCGUAACAAUUCCAUGGAUAAAGCUUUAAGUGGUCGCAUUAAUAGGUAUCCUGCUCUGUCUACGGAAAUGUUUACUUCUCUACUGGAGCCAGAAAAUCCGCCUACUUCUAUCGGCAACGGGGCGUGUGAUGAUUACCGAUUGCCAGGAAAAGAGCAAGGCUGGUGGGGAGGCACGGCUAUUGUAACUGGUGCAGCCGGUGCCGCACCAAGUUUGCAUUUGGCCAUUAUUUACAACGGCAUCUUCGCGCCAACUGCGAGAGAUCAGUCUGUAAGGAUAUUGCUGACUCUACCGGAGAAAAAUCAGACCAUUAUCGAUGAGGUUCAGAAAAUUUCGAAGCCAGGAUAUGAAAUGAAUGUUUUAGAGGUUUCUACUCCGGUAUCUGCUGCGGAGUUAAGAUCCUUAUCACGCGGAAGACUUUUGUUAUCCUUGGAAGAAGUUGGUACAUUUGAACGGCGCAUACUAGGUGCUGUUCGCCAGAAAGCCGCAUGUGAAGUUUACCACGCUUCUCUUAUAGCAGAGAGAGUACCUGCAUCACCUGCUCCUGAAGGACUUGCUCUGAUUUAUAUCGACAAAGAAGGCUCUCUUGUAUAUGAUAUACAGGUGGACAAUUUGGGAAUAUCCGACCCAAAAAUAACACUAGUUGAAGAACAAGGCAAGCGGCACUCUCAAGUUGAGAUACUGGACACGCGUAUUGGUGUCUUGGCUAGACCCAGUGCACGUAUAUUCCCACCAUUGUAUGAAGAUCAGCUUGCUGUGCAUAUCGGUACUGAUGCAGGACCGCCAAUGCUCCGUGGAAGAUUGCUCUCGCGUUCGUUGCCGGACGCGGCGGGCGCCGGUCCUGCAUUGUUGCGACGAACGGACGCCCGAACUCCUGCCACCGUGACACCUAUGGCUGGACUUGCAUGGGUGUCAGUUGAUACCCUUUGUGGAGUGCAUUAUGAGGUGGUGGUGAGUGGGUCACCCGGUGCGUGGUCGGCUUGGCUGGAGAGCCACGCUGGCAGUGGCGGGGAGGCCCGGCCUCUAACAGGUGUGGAGGGCUGUGUGCUUGAACCCACGCCUAAUGAAUUAGCUGCUUUACACGCUGGAGCUGCGUACCUUAACAUUCGAGCCGCAGAUAAUACCACUGAGGUUCUGCGCACGCGAAUACCACAGAUAAGCGUGCCGCCAUCUUGUUUACCUGCCGUGCCAUGGAGAUCGGAUAAUGAACUUGGAGCCGGCUAUUCAACGUCGCAUGUUGAGGCACCUCUCCCCGACAAUUCUCUGACCAAUAUUGCAUCUUGUUACUACGCUGGACGAUUUUACGAGGACGGUGCACAGUGGAUGUCCACAGAGUCGUGCCAUAUGUGCGGCUGCGUGCACGGAGUUUUGAGAUGUGAUCCCGUGCGUUGUCCACCGGUGAACUGCGCUGUGCCGACCAUACAGCCGCCGGGACAGUGUUGCCCCAUUUGCACAAACUCGACAACAGCAGUGUGGAAUGAAUCGCAUGGUUGUCACUUAGCUGGACAGUACCAUGCUCCUGGCUCGUCUUGGCACCCCUAUUUAGUGCCUGACGGGUACGAUCUUUGCGCGGUAUGCACUUGCGAGUUCGCCACUCGGCAAGUCCGCUGUCCAAGAGUACGCUGCCCACCUCUACGCUGCGCCGAGAAGGAUGCUUACAGGCCUGACAAGAAAGCUUGUUGCCGAGUCUGUCCGGAGGAAAAAGCAAAGAAGGUUGAGGAAGAGACACCGAAGGAUCAGGGAGCGCCGCGAACGCCAGAAGAGAUCCUCGCAGAGGGCGGGUGCAAAUUCCCUGAUGGGCCACUACCAAACGGCAAGGAAGUGCACCCCUCUAUACAUUCUCACGGCGAGCAAAGAUGUGUGACUUGUCGCUGCAAGGACGGCGAGGUGACGUGCGUGCGGAAACGCUGUGGCCGCGCUGCGUGCGCGCGGCGGCGGCGCGGCGACUCGUGCUGCGCGUGCACGCGCCACCGCCGCCAGCGCGCGCCGCGCCACACGCCCAGCUGA